ACAGAGAGAGAGAGCGAGCGAGAGAGAGAGAGAGAGCGGGCGAGAGAGUGAGAGAGAGAGAGAGAGAGAGAGAGAGAGGCAGGUAGUCGGGCAUGAAAGAUGGAGCUCUCGGCGGUCGGUGAUCGCAUUUUCGCCGCGGAAGCCAUACUGAAGCGCCGCGUCCGUAAGGGUAGAAUUGAGUACCUCGUAAAAUGGAAAGGAUGGGCGCUCAAGCACAGCACCUGGGAGCCAGAAGAGAACAUUCUGGAUGAUAGGCUGAUAUUGGGCUUUGAGCAGAAGGAACGUGAAAGGGAAAUGCAUGGGCCAAAGAAAAGGGGACCCAAACCCAAAAACUUUGUCAUGAAGGCUCGUGCUCAGAAAGGAGAGACCAGAACCCGAGCCUCAAACCCCCGCCAGAACACAUCGCGUUCCUCCUCGGCCACCUCCAACCGAGCAACCCCUUCUCCCUCUGCCCCUACCCAUCUUUCUGCCUCUUCCUCCUCCUCUUCCUCAGCUGCGGCACCGUCUCCAAAACUCAACUCCCUGGCGGCCACCCACAAGCUGAAGAAAGACAUUCGCCGUUGCCACCGUAUGUCCAGGCGCCCUCUCCCCCGCUCAGACCCCAUGGCGCCCCCCUUCUCCAGCCCAGGUGGCUUCCCCUCUCGCCCACACGUCUCCCCCUUUUCCGAGACCGUCCGUAUCCUCAACCGCAGGGUCAAGCCUCGAGAGGUCAAGAGGGGUCGCAUCAUCCUCAACCUGAAAGUCAUCGAUAAGCCAGGUAGAGGUGGCGCAGCGGCGGGCAGCAGGAGUAUUCAAACAGGACGCCAGAGCAUCCCGUCCCGCAAUCGCAUCAUUGGUAAGAGGCAGGGCGAGGCUCCCUAUAGACCAUUCCAGCCGCCUCUGAAGAUGCUGGGAUUCCCCAUGUACGGGAAGCCAUUUGGGCUGCAGUGUGGAGGCGCUGGGCCUUUCCACUCCCACCCAGGUAUUUGCUCUGGCUCAGGGGCCCGGGACAGGCACUCUGCUCCCUCCCAGUACCAGUCACCUCCUUCCCCUUCCAGCUCUAGUGGCUCUGAGGGUAAAUCUCCCACCACAACUCAAAGCCAGCCCACCCCAGCUACCCCACAGUCCCACCCGAGUGCAGGAGCUCCUGCAGUGGGAUCACCUUCUGAGGGUCCCCAGCCCAAAUCCAGCCAACCUCAGACAGCAACACAGAAGAGCCAGAGCACCAAGCAGUCUGCUCCCGCCCCAUCCUCUGAUCCAAACCCAGCGGCAUCAGCACCCCCAUUCCUUCCGUCAUCCCCCUCUCUCUCCUCCCCCUCUGGUUCUGCCUCGUCUUCCUUGGAGGAUGAGGAGGAGGAGUCCACCCUGGACCGUUUGGUGCCUUCGGAGGCCGGGAGAAAGAAUCUCCGCCAACGCCGGCGUAAAUGUCAGCCGUCCAAAUCCCCUUCCACUGUUGCCCCCAGCAACAACAGCUCUGCCCCUGCUGACCCCAAAAGGGUCCCUGCUGAGGGGGACCCCGACUGGCGCCCAGAAAUGGCACCGAGUUGCCAGGAUGUUGUUGUCACUGACGUCACCACCAACCUCGUCACUGUCACCAUAAAGGAGUUUCCCUCCCCCUCCUCCGGCCCUGCGUCCCCUUCCGCUGCCCCUGAAAGUGGUUCUUCCCCUUCCCCCAGCACCACCACUGAUGACCCCCCUACCAAGUCGUAGGAGAUCAGAUGUUAUGAAGUCGAUUGCUAUAGAUAACACAGAAAAUAUCUUGCCAGUGUUGCCACUUCAGCCCCCACCCUCCUUUUUCCUUGAAGAUGUGUCCAUACUUGUGUGAUGAUUAAUGAAAUGUAAUGUAACUUAACACCGCCCAGCCAUUGAAUAGUAAUAAGAGCAUAUUUUUUGAAACAGAGGAGUAUAAAUUCGAAAGGGGCAGUUAAUAUGCCCUUCUUGUCACUUAAAUUGCCAUAUUUUGUCCACUUGCACAGCACUGACUCUUUCGAGCAGACUUGGAUGGAAAUGGUAUUUGUAUUCUUUCAGUUGCUUCAGGUAUGCUGAGGUUAGCUUGUCUGGUGUAAAAGAAUUGUCCGAAAAAGUGAAACCCCUGCCCAUCCGGCAUGUGAGGUGAACUUUUAUCAAGCACACUUAGUGUAAAUGAAAGAAAUGGAUACUAUUUUGAUACAGGCUCUGCUGCGAAGGCUGGUAUUGACUGCCUUCAGGUGUUAUGCCAAUUUCCUGCCCCCUAAUUCCAUGAUAAGUCCAGCCGUUAAUGAUAAAUGAGGUGAUGUGUUUUUGCACUUACACAGUUGGACUCUGAUAUAUUGCAUCAAUACAGCGAGGUAAAUGCAAUGCACUUGACUGCAUCGAAAAACAACCUGUUCUAUGUAGUUGACUUUCAUGACUUUUUCAAGGCCUUUUCCUCUUGCUCUCUUGAACGCACAUGCAUAUACAUAUGAAUAUGCACGCACAACCUUAAAAGCUGCAAAAGAGUAUAAAAAAAAAACAAUAGGAGAUUUUAAGUUAUUGCUGUCCUUGCCGUCUUUCCUUGCCUGCCCUGAUUUUCACAAACCCGACACCAUCCUCAAUUCUGGAAUGUCCACCACGACUCUAAACUGGCCUGCUUUAAGUUGUAAUAAAAUUUAGUCUGUAAUACAGUUUUUGUGUGUGCCAGAAUUGCGCCGUAUAACCUCUCAACGUGUUGAGGUCUAGAAAGUCCAUGGACUGAUGCUGGUUUAGGCAGUGAAGUUAACUAUAGCCACAAGCCAAAUGUAGAUGUAUAUUGUGUGGUUGAUUGGUUUGCCAAAUCAGCGACUGACAGAUGUUUUUAGAGCGCGUGUUGUAUCCAGACAUCGAAGUCGGCUUGAAAAAAAUUCAGAGCGACUGGUGAAAGUAGUCUUUUCACCUCACACUGUGGCAGGUAGGGCAAAAAAAGUAGUUUUAGCACCCUGCUUUGUUGUUUUUGGAUGUUGCUGGUCAGUCUUUUAGCUAACAGUGUUUUAUUAGUGAGUUCUCCAAUGCUAGUUUCAGUCAGUGCUUCAUGUAGCAUGGCUCAUUGUCUCCCUUCUGCUACACCUUGGGUUUGUGUAACCGAACCAGACUAAGGCUUUGUAGUGGGGAAAAAUGUGUUGUCUUUGGUGUGUUUUGUUUGACCCGACCUUCCCGACUGUCCAGCUUUGGUUAGGUCAUGGCAAACAGAUUUCCUACACACUGAAUAUUUGAAACAUAAUUUGAAAUGUCUUUGAAAGUUUCUGGAGUUGCAGACAAAUUCUGCAAAAGCAUCGACAAAUAUCAAUCCAGAUGCACUUCAUUUGUGACUUAAUUUGACCAUGCAUUGGACAUAGAUGUUGACAAACUGCCAAUUGACAAAUUUUUGCUUUUUGUUUGUUAUUAAGAAAGUUCCUCAGCAGUUAGAAGGGUUUGACGUGUUUUGCAGUCAUUGCCCAGCCAAUAUUGUACAUCUUAAUGAACGCGUGACCAUAAUUUUUGAAUCCACAUUUUUGGAAAUGAGAAAUGUGUGGGAAUCCUUAUAAAAGCUUCUAAGAAAGGUGAAAGGUGACUUUUUUCCUGGAUGAAGUGGACACAGCUUCGGCUUUUCUUUUGGACCUAAGAUCACACGUAGUGAAGAAUCUGUAAUGUUUUCCAUAACUAGACUUAAAAUCAUUUCAGAGACCAACAUAUUCCAGGUUUCAGUGUUUCCUCUGAAUUAUAUGUAGCACCGGUGGUUGGUGGUAGUUGUGGGUCCACAGCCGCCCCCAGGGUUUGGUUCAAGUUGUGGUUCUGGUACUUCACGCAGUGCUAAAAAACGCUCUUUAGAUACAUAAAGUUUAAUUCAAAACACUGAAACUGCACUUCUGUUGUAUUUUUGAGGCAAUUGGCAGCAGAAUGUCUUAUUGACCAGGGAGGGCAUCCAUUCCCAAAGAGGAAAACUGCCCUCAAGGGGUCAGGAACAUCAUUAUUAUCAAGAAGUGGUGGUACUUUUCUCACUGUGGUGGUGAAAUACUGCUGACUGUAGAUGCAGUGAAACCACGGGGGAUUUGAGCCCUAGGGUGCUAUGACAAACCAGGCCCAGACGCAAAACAUCUUCUGGUGCUGAGUCGGCAAUCAACACCAGCCGCCUGUCAAAUGACGGUAAAUCCUGACUGUGGCUGGUGAGUUUGUCCGUUCUGUGCUCAACCAGCCACUUUGGCAGAAGCCUCACCUUCCUCUUUCGCGGGUGAAAAACAAUCCGAGGUUCCACUCUUCCUUCUUGGAUUCAAACCCAGUGGUUUGUUUCCUGCCGUGCUGCCGCCCCCUGUCUCACUGAGACGAAAGCCCUACAACUUGGGACUCGCUGUUGUCCGACCAGAGCGGGAAAAAAAGGAUGUACAGAAAGUUUUUUUCUCCAACUACUUCAGGUGUGCUUUUUUUUUUUUUUUUUUUGCUCAAAUUCCAAGUGACAUCAUGUAACAGUCAAAACGGGCCUCAGGUUGGAGGAAAGAUUAGAAAGUCUGGCUUUAAAAGUCACAGUGAAAUGUCAUUUUUCACAGCAUCGCGCUUCCUUAUUUUGAUGUAAGUCCUUGUGAAACUAGGGCUUAAUGCAUGAAUAGCCAUGAGCCAGCGGUUGAUCAAUUAGGGAGAGGUUUUAUUUGAUGGGAGCGGUGUGAUUUUUCAAAUUGUCAUGCUUGUACUGGUUAAAAAAUCGAAAUUGAGAAUAUUUGUCGCCAGUUAUCGCUAAAUAAGUGAAUACUCCGGCAUGGAAAGUUUGAAAGUAUUUGUCAUUUCAUUGUGACUUUUAACAGAGCAGGUUUGAUCGUGGCAGCCUCACCCAGGUGUACAGGCCAACUCUCUUAAAAUAUUUCAAGGUUUUUUGGCCUUCUCUAUUAAGCGCGCCUGAAGUACUUGGAAGAAAACGAGCCCUUCACACCCAGCCUCCAAACCGUCCUCUGGUGCUACCCCCCCACCUCACCCCACCCCCUUCAACCCCCCCACCCCUGUUUCUAGACCUCCCCAGACCUCGCCUCUUCGUCUGGUGUACCUGUGUGUUACGAUAUUUAAAAUCUUCCGCAUGUGUUGCCUUAUAGCUGCUCUGUUCAACCCCAGCUGCACUCCAGGCGACGUUUUCCUCAUCUCGCUGAGCUCCUGUCGUACCGAAAACGCUAAGAAGAAGAGAAAACAACAACAACAACAACAAAACAAACAACUUCCUCGACUCUACUGUGACUUGAAAUUUGCAGUGCUUAAAAUAAUAAUAAUAAUAAAAAAAACUAUCAUAAACUGCAGUACUGUUGGAAAAUAGUCUUCGAAUUGCAUCUGCCAUCACCUUUUUUCUUUUCAAACGGUGGUGAAUUCUGGAUGUUGUGCGUGCGCCGAAAAGCACCGCAAGUGUUCCUCAUGUCUUCUUAACACGGACGAGGAAGAUGUCGCCUCUUCUUCUCCUGUCAUGUACUGGGUGGUUUUUAGUCGUCGUCAAUACUGUUUCACUACUCUCAUAGAUUAUAUAUGAAAGGCUUUAUUCCAAAAUGAGAUAUCCACCAUUUGAAUAGGAAGGGACACCAAGACGAUCCCUAGCACAAAAUUCAAUUAUGGUACUUUCAAGGUUUGUGUUUGACGAACAACGCAGACUGCAUGGGUUCUCUAUAUUUUACAGAUACUCAAUGAUAAACUUCUGAUUUUUAUUUUUAUUUUUUUUUUCCUCCAAAUGGUUAUAUCAUGUUUUGGAAUGGACCUUCUCAUCUACUGUAUCUUUUAAAUGGUGGAUAGAAGUGACUCUUGCAGUUGGUAGAUAUGUAAGGUAUUAGGCUGUUAGGCAGUGUUUCAACAGUUUGAUAGCAAUGGUUUUUUUUUUUCCUGUCAUAUGGGGUAGCACAACUCAACUUAGUGGCCUAUCUUUCUACCAAAUAGGGCUCUUGAUUUUACUUCUUUUUUUAUUGUUCUUUUUUCCCUUUUUGAAUUGUUUUACACUUAUAUUUGAUGUAAUUUUGAGUGCUAGAUGUGGCACUAAUUGAGGAAAAAAAGGAAGGAUCCUGUUAAAAUGCGUGGGUAAAGAUGUUUAAUGAAUUGAAAAUUGUGCUUUUUAAGCCUGUUUUUCCUUUGUACUGUAUCUUAAUACUUUUUUGAAAUAUGCAUAAUGUUAAUGUGAUGCUUUUUAUUUGAAUGCCAUUUUUUUUCUUUGUUGUUGUUUUAUAAAUAGUCCAAUAUGGGUUUGAUCAGAAGGCAAACUCCGACUGAUGAAUUUAAAUGUGUCAAGACUGCAGUUUUGUCUCGUUCAAUGCUAAUAUGAAUUAUGUAAAUUGUAUUGAUGGUAAUGACGACGAGGUUGAUGAUGAUGAUGAUGACAUUGUAAUGUAUCUGAACUUCUGAAGCAUGUUUUGCAAACCCUUAUUGUACAGAUUAUGUAUUCAGUGUCAUGUUACCUGUUACUGUUGUUGCUUUCUGUGUGUGUUUCUUGUACAAGGCUUUUAAUUAAAAGCUAUGAAAAGCA